AUGCGCCUCCUACCGAUUCUCAUUACGCUGCCGGGCGUGGUGGUUGCGGGUUUAGGUAUUCCUGAAUCCGCCCGUUGCAUCAUCUCCAUCGGCGAAGCGCUAUCCCGCCUUAGAUUCCUCAACCCCUCCCACUCUUCCUACACAGCAUACGUUUGCACGAAUCGGCUCUAUGUUUAUUCGAUGUAUGCUGCUUCUAAAACUUACUGCACUGCUUCUGAAAUAUAUGAUGGCCUACGGGUUAUUGACAGAGACUGUGAGCAAGAGGGCUUAACGAGGAUACCCUAUGAGGAUGUUGAGCCAGAGUUAUCUGACGAAUAUCUUGCUGGGUUGAAGCGUGUGGAAUAUGGGGAAUUUAAUAAAGGGACGGAAUUACCAGAACCGGUUCUCAUUUCGAAAGAUUAUUUUCAGAGGGCAUUUAGGACAAAUAGAGCAUGGGCAUUGGAGACAUGGGCACAUCAUGCCUUUGGGGUUGCUUCCUACCUGUUUUGGGGCACUGUUCUAUUCUGUGGCAUUCUCAGUCGUUUAUACGAACAUUAUCUGGCCAGCAGGGCCCUAGAAAAUGUCUAUGACCAGGAAAGAGACUCGUGCGCGAGAACCAAGCUUCCCCGCUGGCUUGUGAUUCUUGAGUUUGGCCGCGAUUGGGCGAAAGCCCAUCUAUUUUUUCCUCCCGCUGUCGGCGAUUAUCAUCAACGACUCUUAUAUUGGUGUACCAUUCCAACCCGCAUGGAAGCGAUGGUAAUUGUUUCAUUUUACCUACUCAGCCUUGGUUUAACAGUAAUAGGACAUGAUGUGUUCAAAGGAAAUCUCCAUUGGGAUGAUGUUUUCACGCAAACAUGGCGCUAUCUCUCUGAUAGGACAGGAAUAAUGGCAUACGCCAAUUUAGUUGUCCUGUGGCUUUUUGGUGGUAGAAAUAACCCCUUUCUUUGGGCUACGGGCUGGAGUUUUGGGACAUUUAAUCUGUUCCAUCGUGCCAUUGCAAGAGUUGCCACCAUACAGGCAAUAAUCCAUUCUGUGGGAUAUACUGUGUUGACUUUGAAUACGAACACUUACUCUGUAUAUUGGCCGUCAGCCUGGUGGUACAUGGGUGCAGUGGGAACUAUUGGCAUGAGCCUCUUGUUAGGAUUUUCUUCUAUUUGGCUACGGCGCAACUAUUACGAAGUAUUUCUGCUUAUUCAUAUCCUCCUUUCAGUAGUGGUCCUGGUUGGAUUAUUCAUUCACACGAGUAUUUUCGUCGGGAAAUAUAAUGCUUAUGAUAUUUAUCUAUGGCCUGUUGUCGUUGUUUGGGUGGUGGACAGAAUUGCCCGCCUCGUCAAACUAGCACGCUGCAAUUUCCACGUCCAGCGCAAUGGUAUGAAAUUGAUAACAUCAAAAGGACGAGCUAAUUACGAUCGAGCAUCUAAUCUCAUACGCCUCGAAAUCAGCCCCGGCUCUUCGACGCUGCUUCCACAGCCAGGGCAGUUUUAUUAUAUCUAUCAGCCAUUGAAAUGGAGGGGUUAUGAAAGUCAUCCAUUUACCGCGGGCAGCUGGGCCGAGAGUCCAAAGGUUGUGCAGGAUGGGAUGUAUACGCAUCUCAACACCGAGAUGACCAAGGACAGGGCGGCUGCUAGACGCAAAAUAAUAUUUUGGAUUCGUCCUUUCAACGGCUGGACGAGGAGAUUACGUUCCGAGUGCCUACGCUCCCAAGACUAUACUAUUCAUUCGACAUUCCUGAUUGAAGGCCCAUACGGAAACCCAAUAUCCCUUCAUACGUAUGAAAACGUAAUCCUAAUUGCUGGGGGUACCGGAAUAGCGGGAGUAUGGCCGCACCUUGAGGAACACAUGAGACGCUCAUAUGUAUCUGCGAGAGGCCUAGCGACCGAGCAUGGCCCAGAAACAUCAGAUAUGUCUGAAUCUCUGCCGAGCGCGGUAACUUGCACAAAAAAUAUAACUCUGAUAUUUGCCUCCAGGCAGCAGGCGCUUAACGACGAGCUAUUUUGUAGUGAAACACUAUCUUUACUUGAGCAAAAAGGCGUCAAGAUUGAAUUUUACUCUACGUCGCAAUCUGACAGACCGGCACUGUUAGCAGACGAGAACACCGGGCUUCUAUCACAAGCUCAAGACACCUACGGGCCCCGCACUUCAAUUUCCAUUGCCAUGAAACAUGGCCGUCCGGAUAUCAAGAAAUCAGUGAGCCAAGUGCUAUAUGAUACUUUUGGGAAUGAUCGUUCUCUUCGUGGGGCUGGUACCCAAACGGUUGUUUUGGUCUGUGGGCCAGCGGCAAUGGCUGAUGAAACAAGGGCUGCGGUUCGAGGAGCAUUGAAAGCUGGGUAUAGGGCAAUUGAUUAUUAUGAGGAAGCAUUUAAUUGGUAA